UGGUUGGGCUGCAUAAUGGAGGCAGGGUGCAAGGAGUGUAGCCUUCGCAGGCGGACAGAGCAGUCUGCGAAGUCGUGUUGCACUUCCUGUUAUCUGAGUGACUCAGUGCAAGUCCCCGCAAGUCUCUGAGCCUCAGUUUCCUCAUCGGUAAUUGAGAAUAACAAUCAUACAGGAGGCGCAAGAUUGCUAUCAUGAUUGCGUUAAAUGUGAUGAUGUGUGUGCCAUCCUGCCUAGUGAUAUACUGCCAUGUGGUGAACCGUCAAUAAAUCGUCGUGGUAGCGAUUUUUAUUACCAUUACGUGAGAUUUGCGGAGCAGGUGUCGCCAUGGAAUUAAGGUGGCCAGGGCCGGUUUUGGCGGUGAUGAUGAAGAUAUGGAGACAGGGCGACUCAGAGAAGAGAUGGGCUUGGGGGGACGCUUACGGAUAGGGAUGGGAUACCGCAAUGAGGUAGGAGGCGGCCCUGGCAUGAUAAGGGCAGACUUGGGGUGUGAGCUCAAUGAAGAUGAGCUCUAAGGAGCGGAUGGCACGAGAGGGAAGUGGAGUGGAGGCAGUGCCCUCGGGGAUGGGGGCAGUGUGGCUGGGGUUUGGGCGGCGUGUUGAGGAGCUGGCCGGCUUUGGGUUUCCACGGGGAGGAGCCUGUAGUGGCAGGCGGAGCUGGGGGCUGGGCCGGGUUUAAGGCUGGCUUUUGUGCCCGUCUCCCUACCGCCUUCCCACCCGCACUGCAGCUGCCAGCCUGAGCCAUGGGCCGCCGAGUCCUCUUGCUCCUGCUCCUGGCAUUCCUAGCGCCUGGGGCCACCAUAACCCUCCGACCGGCCUUAAAGACCCUCGGCAGCCUGCAUUUGCCAACUAGUCCUGCAUCCCGCCCAGCUGUAGCCAAGAACUACUCGGUUCUCUACUUCCAACAGAAGGUUGAUCAUUUUGGAUUUAAUACUGUGAAAACUUUUAAACAGCGCUAUCUAAUAGCUGAUGAAUACUGGAAGAAAGAUGGGGGAUCAAUACUUUUCUACACUGGUAAUGAAGGGGACAUUAUCUGGUUUUGCAAUAAUACGGGUUUCAUGUGGGAUGUGGCUGAGGAACUGAAAGCUAUGUUGGUGUUUGCUGAACAUCGAUACUAUGGAGAGUCCCUACCCUUUGGUCACAGCUCAUACAAGGAUUCCAGACACUUGAAUUUUCUGACAUCAGAACAAGCUCUGGCUGAUUUUGCAGAGUUAAUCAAACACUUGAAAAGAACAAUCCCAGGAGCUGAAAAUCAACCUGUCAUUGCUCUAGGGGGCUCCUAUGGUGGCAUGCUCUCGGCCUGGUUCAGAAUGAAAUAUCCUCAUAUCGUAGUUGGAGCUCUUGCAGCUUCUGCCCCUAUCUGGCAGUUUGAGGAUUUGGUACCUUGUGGUGUAUUUAUGAAGAUUGUAACUACAGAUUUUAGGAAAAGUGGUCCAUAUUGUUCAGACAGCAUCCGCAGGUCAUGGGAUGCCAUUAAUCGACUCUCAAAUACAAGCAGAGGUAUACAGUGGCUUACUGAAGCCUUUCACUUAUGCAGCCCAUUAGCUUCUGAGAAGAUCCAACGUUUGAAAGACUGGAUUACUGAAACCUGGCUGAAUCUGGCUAUGGUGGACUACCCUUAUGCGUCUAACUUUUUACAGCCUUUGCCUGCUUGGCCUAUUAAGGUAGUGUGCCAGUAUUUGAGAAAUCCCAAUGUAUCUGAUUCACUGCUGCUACAGAAUAUUUUCCAAGCUCUGAAUGUAUAUUAUAAUUAUUCUGGCCAGGCGAAAUGCCUGAAUAUUUCAGAGACAACAACUAGCAAUCUGGGAUCCCUGGGUUGGAGCUAUCAGGCUUGCACAGAAAUGGUCAUGCCUUUUUGUACUAAUGGUAUUGAUGACAUGUUUGAACCUCACUUGUGGAACUUGAAGGAAUUUUCUGAUGACUGUUUUAACCAGUGGGGUGUGAGACCGAGGCCUUCCUGGAUCACUACCCUGUAUGGAGGCAAAAACAUCAGUUCACAUACGAACAUAGUUUUCAGUAAUGGUGAACUAGACCCCUGGUCAGGAGGUGGAGUAACCAAGGACAUCACAGACACCUUGGUUGCCAUCACCAUCCCAGAGGGAGCUCAUCAUUUAGAUCUCCGAGCCAGCAAUGCCUUAGAUCCCAGGUCUGUGCUGUUAGCCCGCACCUUGGAAGUUAAACACAUGAAGAAAUGGAUCAGAGAUUUCUAUAACAGUGCGGGAAAGCAGAAGUGAGAGACUUUGGAUCAUUUCCACUUUCUUCUUUUAUGUUCACACCACCCAUAUUCCCUUUGGUUUUCUACAUGUAAUUACUUUCCCUCAUUUAUCAUUAGAUUUGGUGGGGCUGAGGUUGAAACAGAAGAGAGGAUGAUGGUGGUGAGAGCAGCCAUCCCCCAAGUUUGAUUCCUGAGUCUCUGCUAUCUUUUUACCACCUCCAGGAAGAAUCUCUUCAUGAUAGCUCUCCCACACCACUGGUGGCCCUCAUAAAUGGAACAGAGUUCCUGACCGCCUUUUAUAAGAGAGAGAGUCACUUCCUUUGUUUCUCUGCAAAUGGAGAUUUCUCCUUGGUUUUGAGGUUGAAGUCUCUUUGGCCCAUUUGUAAAUGCCCACCCCUACCCUCCAAAAAGAAAAAGCACAAGAUACAUAAAAAUGAUGUAAUUGCAGCUGGUAGGAAGGAUGUCUGAUGCCAGUCCAGGAAAUGGGAGCCAUUUCUUUUGUACUUGAUUUAAUGACUUUGAACUAUGCUGUAAAUAAAGAAUAAGGCUGGACCUUA